AUGCCGAGCGGAUCAUGCGCGCCUGCGAAGGGUGCCAAUACUACGCUCGGUGAACUCACAUGGCCGUUCGCGGUCUGGGGACUUGGUCUUGUCGAUCCCCUUCGGAAAGCGCCUAGGGACUACAUGCACCUGUUUGUCACCAUUGACAAGUUAACGAAGUGGAUCGAGGCUCAACCGAUCACGACGAUCAAGUCUGAGCAGGCCGUGGAAUUUUUCCUCGACAUCAUCCACCACUUUGGAGUACCGAACUCCAUCAUCACGGAAAAUGGAAUGCAGUUUAUGGGAAAGGAAUUCUUCAAGUUCUGCGAUGACAACCACAUCCGAGUCAAUUGGGCUGCCGUGGUGCACCCCUACACGAACGGGCAGGUCGAACGCGCGAACAACAUGGUUUUACAGGGGCUCAAGCCUAGAAUCUUCAAUCGCCUGAAGAAGUUCACCGGGUGGUGGGAUGCUGAGCUCCCUGCGGUCCUCUAG